AAAACAGACCCUGACACUGAUCAGUCAGUCCGCACCGGGCCGGUGAUUUGGUGCAAUGCGAACACUUAAACCGUUCAUUGUUCACGCUGUCAGAUAGAUAGGCGGGAGCAGCAACCUCCCACUCCUCCUAUUGCUAUAACAACCACAGGGCGGUCGGUGUGACUCGAUGGCUCAGCAGCUCGGAUGCGACUGCCAAGUGUCAUCCUCCUGCAAGCAGCCCGACCUCAGCUCACCGCAUCGCCGCUUGACACUGACUGAAUCCCGCCCGUGAAGGAGGAGGAGGAGGAGGAGGAGGAGGAGGAGGGGGAGAGCCUGUGUUUCCCCGUAACAGUGAUCUGAACAGUGGGGAAGCUCGGUGUCGGGAUCCGCUACGUCAAACAGAUUAGUCAAAUAACCUCUCGGGGUAGGACAUACCUCCCCUCCUUGGGCUUGCCUGGUUGCAUACAUGCGCUGAGGAAGCAACAUAAUCUGCACUGACUAACAGCCAGGAAGCCCUUGGCGAAAUACAGAAGUGCACUACUUUUCUUCUUUUUUUUUUUGUUUUUGUUUUGGCUGGGUGAGACGACUGUGGUGAUCCUCCAGCAGCGUCUCUGCUGUUCCUGCCCCCACCCCGCUGCGAAAUGGCGAAAGAAAACGGCGAGUCCAGCGAUGGAUCUUGGAAAAAGCAUGUCGAUGACAUCAAGAACAUAUUUGACUUCAAGGAAGUCCUUGGGACCGGUGCAUUUUCUGAAGUGGUGAUGGCUCGGGAGAAGGCCACAGGAAAGAUGGUCGCAAUCAAGUGCAUCCCGAAAAAAGCGCUGAAGGGGAAGGAGACGAGCAUUGAGAAUGAAAUCGCUGUGCUUAGGAAGAUAAAGCAUGAGAAUAUCGUGGCUCUGGAGGACAUCUACGAGAGCUCAAACCACCUGUACCUCAUAAUGCAGCUGGUGUCUGGAGGUGAGCUGUUUGACCGCAUCGUAGAGAAAGGCUUCUACACCGAGAUGGAUGCCAGCCGGCUCAUUCGACAGGUUCUGGAUGCAGUCAACUAUCUGCACUCCAUGGGCAUCGUGCACAGAGACCUUAAGCCUGAGAACCUGCUGUACUUCAGUCCCCAUGAUGAAUCAAAGAUCAUGAUCAGUGACUUUGGCUUGUCGAAGAUGGAGGGAACAGGUGACGUGAUGGCCACUGCCUGUGGGACUCCAGGAUACGUGGCUCCUGAGGUUUUAGCUCAAAAGCCCUACAGUAAAGCUGUGGACUGCUGGUCUAUUGGGGUCAUCGCUUAUAUUCUGCUUUGCGGUUACCCUCCUUUCUAUGACGAGAAUGAUUCGAAGCUCUUUGAGCAGAUUCUCAAGGCAGACUAUGAGUUUGACGCACCAUAUUGGGAUGACAUAUCAGACUCCGCUAAAGACUUCAUCAGCUGCCUAAUGGAGAAGGACCCAGAGAAGAGAUUCACAUGUGACCAGGCUCUUGAGCACCCUUGGAUUGCUGGAGAUACUGCUCUCUGCAAGAACAUACAUGAAUCAGUCAGUCGACAGAUGCGGAAAAACUUUGCCAAAAGCAAAUGGAGGCAAGCCUUUAAUGCGACGGCUGUGAUCCGCCACAUGAGGCGUCUGCAGCUGGGCACCAGCUUUGGCAGCAGCAUUCACAGCACCAACUCUACGUCCAACCCUCAGAGUCGUGCUCCAGCCAAGAGCCAGUCUGUGGACUGCGCUCCGCUCUCCCUGAAGGACUUUCCUCCAAUAGCUCCUUUGCCCUCUGCUGUUAAAGUGUACAAUCAGGACUCUGACGCCGCCUCUCCUGUACGAGAGGAACCAUCAGUGGUGGGCGAGCCAUCGCUGCCACGACCUUCCACCGUUACGGUCAUCCACACUGGGACUAAAUGACGCCAGGUUCCGCGGGAGGUGAGCUGGGAGACCACAGAGCUUUGAGAAGGGAUAAAACCAUCCCAGGCCUCGUGAUCCAACGUUGUUGCCCAGUUUGUCCAUCCUGCAACCUCCCACCUGUUUCUGCCAACCACGGGAGGAAUUUGAGCGUUGGCUCAGCUCAAUUUACCAUGGCUCAGUGUGGCACCCCGCUGCCCCCCCUUAUACAGACCUGGAGGUACAGAGGGGAAGAUGCUCACCAGAAGUUGUUAUUGUGGAAGCCGUGUUCAGCCUGGAUCCUGGUUGUCUGGCAGAUAAACAAAGCAGCUAGUCUAGGAAGUGCCACACUAAAGGGAACUCUUUAUUGAAGCUGCUAUCAUUUUUUGAAUGUGAGCAUCUUGAGACAGGAUGCUCUGCUGUAUGCCUUGUGUAAAUAUCCUGCCUGGAACUGUUGAGUGGAGUCAUGUUAUGCAAGUGAAAUAUAAGCUUCAAGCUGUGGUAAAUAAUUGUGACAUCAUCUGAACUUCUUUGUCGUUUUGACAGCUCUUGUUAAUUUGCUGUGGUAUUUGCUACAAUGGCUCGCAGGGUAAUAACUCUCAACAGUGUGACAGUAUGUGUUAUCUCUUUGCUUUAAAGUGUGUGGACAUGAAAUAUGAGCAGGACAGUGUGCUUCAGUCAUGGCUGUGAUCGCUGAGAGGGCCGGUGCAUUGCACUAAUGUAUUGGAUUAUUUAUUUUCUUACAAUAUAUUAUGACUUUUGUAAGAGUACCACUUGCAGAAAUGUGUAAAUGUUUUAUUAGACUGGACUGAAAAGUUAUUGAAUUGGAUGAUAAAGAUACAGUAUCUAAUAGUUGUCACUUUGUAAUUGCUGUUUUAUUUGAUUAAUGAAUUAAUGAAUUAAUUUUGACGUGACUGUGAAGUCCUCCUUGACCACAGGAGGGCAACCACAUGUUGUUGCUGCGUGACCAGUUCUCAGGGAUGUGCUCCAACAUGAAGCUAACCAAACCUCCUCUCAGAGUGAUCAGACACUGCUGAUGAGGAUGAUGACCUCCAAAUACUGCACAUUAUUCUAAUGUGCCAUUGGGAGAGUUUGACAGAUGCGUUCUUUCUUUAAAUCCAUCACUAUUGACAGUACGAGUGUAAUGUAACUCAUACUGAACGGAUUGUUUUCCCUUUAAAAACCUUGAAUUAUAUUUGGAUUUAAAGAAAGUGUAUAUCAGUGAAGUGCGCAUUCAUGUCUGCAGUAAAAAUGUAAAAUGACAAAUGAAUGCAAAUGUAUCUUGUAAACGUUUGCUCCCAUUGCAGAAUCAUCAAAUCAGUAGUGUACAGUUCAGUAGUUGUAAUAUCGCGCUCUGCUUCUGCUCAUGAAGUGGCUGGUCUGAAAACAGCUCACUCACUCUGUGUUUAAUCACUGUGCUUUCAUACCAACCUGUUGAAUUUAGCAGAAAGGCUCUUUCUCCUUCUCUCUCUCUCCCGCUUGCUUCUCUAGAGACUUUCACAAAGAGAAGAGUUGGGAUCGGUCUUUGUAUUUUUAUCUGUGGUACCUCUAUUUAAUUUAAAAUCACUCAACAUGAACGGGUGGGGGGAGGACGCUCCACCAGAACAUGCCUGACAUCGAGGGCUGUGCCAUCUUGAAUUAUCUAAAAAUGUUGUGGUGAAUAUUGACAUGGAUUUUGAGCCUCUACUUACUGUAAACACAAAUCUCAACAACACAGUUAGCUUGGGUCUUGAGUGUUUAUUUUUGUCUUCCCUAUCAUAUCACACAAAACAAAAUAUAUGAAGCAUUGAAAGCCCCUCGGUAUGCAUGUAUUACAUAUUGUUGCAGAAAUGUGCUUUGGAGUUGUAGAGAUUCAUGUAUUAAAAAAGAGGCUUGUUUGCAUGA